AUGUCUGAUUUUCAAGUUGGUGGUCAUAAAGGAAAAGCUCAACUUGUUCCAAUUGGUGAAUUUUUAUAUAAACCUAAUACUGAACAAGAAGCUAAUUUUUAUGAACAAAUACAACAUUCUCCUUUAUCUCAAUUUUUACCUAAAUAUUAUGGUAAAGAAAAUAUUGAUCUUGGAUUUGGUUAUUUUACUUACUUUAAAAUGCAAAAUGUUAUUUAUGGAAUGAAACAUCCUUGUAUUCUUGAUUUAAAAAUGGGUUGUAGAACUUGGUUUGAAGAUUCUUCUCCUGAAAAAAUACAAUCAAAAAAAAAUUAUGAUAUUAAUACUACUUCUACUCAAUAUGGUCUUCGUUUUUGUGGAAUGCGUGUUUUUAAUAAAGAUAUUAAUAUGUUUAUACAACAUGAUAAAUAUAUUAUGUUACAAAUGCAUACUUAUGAAUCAUUAAAACAAAUGAUAAAAGUUUUUUUAUCAUCACAUGGUUGUAUUAAUCAAUAUGAAAAAUUUAAAUUUUCAAAUUCUUUCUUUACUCUUAAUGAUUUAGAUAAUAUUGUUAAUGAUUUACAUACUAAUCCAAUAAUUAAUCAUUCAAUUAUUGAUAAUAUGAUUGAUAAACUUCUUAUUAAAUUAAAUCAUUUAAAAGAAAUUUAUGAAAAAGAAGGAUAUCAAAUUAUUUCUUCUUCUCUUUUCUUAUUUUAUGAUUAUGAUGAUCCUCUCUCAACUAUUGAUUUUAAAAUGAUUGAUUUUGCUCAUUGGAAAGAUAAAAAUCAUAAAUAUGAAAUUACUGAUGGUUAUCUUAUUGGAAUACAAACUAUUAUAACCAUUCUUAAUGAUCUUAAAUUAAAUUAA